AUGAUCAAGUCAGAGGAAAAGAUCACUCAAAAGACUAAGUGUAUAGAGGUGAACACAAUCAUGGAGGAAUCGUUGGUGUUGGUCUACGAUGAAAAAGAGGUGGUUCAGAUCCAUCCCAGCCGAUCGGAAACCACAACAUUUGUUGCCGCCGACCUGAAAGAUGAGAAGAAGAUGAAGAAAGGCCGAGUUCUGGUGGAGCCGGCGGCGGCAGUAGCGGAGACGCGGUUCCGCGACGUGCGGAAGCGUCCGUGGGGGCGGUUCGCGGCCGAGAUCAGGGACCCCUGGAAGAAGGUCAGGGUGUGGCUCGGAACCUUCGACUCGGCCGAGGCUGCCUCUCUGGCCUACGACUCCGCCGCUCGCGCGUUCCGUGGUUCCAAGGCCAAGACCAACUUUCCCCUAGCCGCCGCCGCCGCUGCGUCUCCCACCCCUACUCCUGCAUUCCGCUGCCCUCCCUUCGCUGACCCAACCCUAGGGUUUUGA